AUGUCUACCACAGAGACUCUCGCUCUCAUUUUCUUUUUACUUCUACUGGGAUUAACCAUCAUGAUAAUCAUGAUUCUUGUCAAGGAGUGGACAGAGUACCAAGCUACGCAAUUUUGGCCGAAACUGCGUAGUACUCGCACUCUCGAUCUGGAAUCGGGCCUCAGUUUACUCGAGGAAAUCCGGCAUCUGACAUGGCGCGUCGAGCAGAUGGAAACUGAUAUUGGUCGCAAGUUCCAGCUUGCUGGAUACUUGGCUCAAUACCAUGAUGAACCUCCAUCUCCUUAA